CCCUUCUUCUCAGCACCGCCCCCCUCCUUGAGCUGUCCUCUCUGUGCACGCGCGUGGUCCCCCUCCCUCCCUCCCUCCCUCUCCCCCACCACCUCCACCACCACUAGGUCGAGUCGAGGAGGAGGAGGAGGAGGAAGAGGAGGAGGAGGAGGGAUGAGGCGCGCGGCGGAGGGGAAAUGGCUGCCGAAAACAAGCCGGAAGGACUGAAGAAGAUAAGAAAUCCAGAGCGGAUGGUCAGGAUUGCCGUUGGUUACACAGGACACACCCCUCCCAAGAGUGACGACACUGACGCCAACAAUGAGCCAGGCCAGUUGAAGAUCUACCUUCCUAAGAAGCUGUUAGAGUGUCUACCCAAAUGUUCCUCUCUGCCCAAGGAGCGCCAUCGCUGGAACACCAACGAGGAGAUUGCUGCAUAUCUCAUCACAUUUGAGAAACAUGAUGAGUGGCUGACGACAUCGCCCAAAACCAGGCCUCAAAAAAGGUCAUGACCCUACAACCGUAAAAGGUUUAAAUACCGGAAAUUGGGUACUUCUGGAAAAAAGGAAAAUGGGGAAAACCACCAAGAGG